GAGCACCGCCCCGGCAGAGGCAGCAGCGGGGCGAUGUCGGAGCCGCCGCGGAGCCCGCCGGGGUCCCUUCCCCUCAGCCGCCUGGCCGAGCCAGUGCUGCGGCGGCUCAGCGAGCUGCUGGACCGGGCGGCGCCCGGCAAGGGCUGGCGGGACCUGGCGCAGCGAGCGGGGAGCCGCGGCAGGGUCCGCCUGAGCCCUCUCGAUUUAGAACAAUGUUCCCUCAAAGUCCUGGAGCCGGAAGGAAGUCCAAGCUGGAGUCUCCUGAAGCUGCUGGGUGAUAGGGGUUGCACAGUGGUGGAACUGGUGGAGUUCCUGCAGGCCCUGGAGCAUACAGAGGCUCUCCAGUGUCUCAGCUAUUCAGGUAUAAAGAUUGUUGUACAGCCAGACUCUCAAGCAGUGCUCUCUGGCCAGAUUGUCAAGCUGUGUUGUUGGGCAACAGGACACCCAUUUGUACAUUACCAGUGGUUCAAACAGGAAAAAGAGGUUCCCUAUGGUAAUUCUCCAGAACUGGUUUUGAAUCCAGUGAAAGUAAACGAUGCUGGCUUCUACAUCUGUCGAGUGAACAGUGAAUCUUCAUUUGUGUUCAGUCAGUGGGCACGACUAGAAGUUUGCGAUCUCCAGGGUGCAUCUCAUGGGAGCUUAAUUAGUUUGCCUGAAAAGAAGAUAUGCAUUUGUAUUCAGCCUCAGCCACAAAACUUGACAGUGGGAGAUGCUUUGGUAUUAGAAUGCAGAGCUGUUGGAAACCCAAUUCCUCAAUAUCAGUGGUUCAGAAAUGGAUUUCCCUUGGCAAAUGGGAGCAAAAAUGUCUACAUGGUAACUUGUGUGGACAUGGAACAUGGGGGAACAUAUUGGUGUCACGUGUUCAAUGACCAGGAAGACCAAGACAGCAAGAAGAUAGAAGUUGUUGUAGUAUCACAGUCAGUGCUGAAAGAUUUAUACUGCUGUAAAAUGAGCCAGAUUACAGAGGAGCUUGGCAGUGACCUUUUUCUUCCAUUUUGUGUGCUAACUCUCAUAACUGAGAGCAAUUGUCUUCCAAUUUCCCCCCCGCUUAAAACACAAGGAAGGAAAUCUAUGGCAGUGGAGUGCACAGAAGAAGAUCUAAGUGAUCUUCAAAAAACAGACCUACAAGAACAAUCAAAUGACAGACCUUUUGCAACAGACAAAGUAGCUCUCUUAAUUGGAAAUAUGAACUACUGGAAUCACCCCCGACUCAAGGCUCCGAUGGUGGAUGUCUAUGAAUUGACCAACUUGCUAAGACAGAUGGAUUUCAAAGUUGUUUCUUUGCUGGAUCUUACUGAGUCUGAGAUGCGAAAUGCCGUGGAUGAAUUUCUGCUUCUCCUCGACAGAGGAGUAUAUGGUUUGUUGUACUAUGCUGGCCAUGGCUACGAAAACUAUGGAAACAGUUUCAUGGUUCCUAUUGAUGCUCCAAAUCCCUACCGAUCUGCAAACUGUCUGUGUGUACAAAACAUCCUCAAAUUAAUGCAGGAAAAAGAGACGGGGCUCAACGUAUUCCUGUUGGAUAUGUGUCGGAAAAGAAAUGAAUAUGAUGAUACUAUACUUAUCUUAGAUGCUCUGAAGGUUACAGCCAACAUUGUUUUUGGAUAUGCCACGUGUCAGGGAGCAGAAGCUUUUGAGAUUCAGCAGUCAGGGCUGGCCAAUGGAAUUUUCAUGAAGUUCUUGAAGGAGCGUCUGUUAGAAGACAAGAAGAUUACUGUACUGCUUGAUGAGGUUGCAGAAGAUAUGGGCAAGUGUCACCUUACCAAAGGCAAGCAAGCUUUGGAGAUCCGCAGCAGUUUGUCUGAGAAAAGGGCAUUAACUGAUCCCAUUCAACAAACCAUAUCUUCUGCAGAGUCUAUGGCACGGAACCUACAGUGGGCUAAAGCUCAUGAGCUUCCAGAAAGUAUGUAUCUCGAAUUCAAAUGUGGUGUUCAGAUUCAGUUGGGGUUUGCAGCCGAGUUUUCCAAUGUCAUGAUAAUCUACACACGAAUAGUAAAGAAGCCACCUGAAAUAGUAGUUUGCAGAGCCUACGUUACAGACUUCGCACUUGACCUGGAUGUGGAUCCUAAAGAGGCCAAUAAAGGAACUCCCGAGGAAACUGGAAGCUAUUUAGUAUCAAAGGACCUUCCCAAACACUGUCUCUACACCAGGCUAAGUUCACUGCAAAAACUAAAGGAACACUUGAUCUUCACGGUUUGUUUGCACUAUGAAUAUCCAGGAAUAGAAGAUACAAUGGAUGAAAGAAAGGAAGUUAAUGUUGGAAAGCCCCUUAUUGCUAAAUUAGGCCUCCAUCAUGGAUUCAAAAAUAACUGUCUCCAGACCUGUUGUGUGACUAAUAAUCCUUUUCAUAAUCAAGUAGAAUCAAGUCCAGUGGCAACUAAAUACUACUUCCCUAGUCACUGCCAACCAAAUUCCUGCCCAGGCGUUUACCACGGAAACCAUACUUGCUCAGACAGCAUUAGACAACCGGAGGCAUGUUCUUGCAAUGGGACUUCAAGAAUAUUAGCUUCAAGACAUGAAGUACAGAAUUACUCAUCCCCUGCACAAAAAAGUAAUGUGCCAGUAGAGACUACAGAUGAUACUGCUGAACUGGAAUUCCUCCUUUCUGACAGCCUCAGGUUCUCUAAGCAACAGUAGCUGUGAUGUCUUCUGAAUAGACCAGGUAUCUUCUUUGGAUAGGGGACUUUCCACACUGCCUAUCCAUCUUCUGGAUUUUGGGGACUUUGAGCCAAAGGGACUGGGAGUUUAGAGGUGGUAUUGGGAAUGAGGAUUUGAUGUGUGUUGGUUCAUAUUGCUCUCAGGGAAAACUUCUCAGAUCUAAGGAAACAAAACUGGACUGAUAGAUUUAGGAAUGAAAAGGCAUGAUUUUUGUUUUUUGUCCUACUAUUAGAAGCUUGAUACAUGCAAAAAAAAAAAAAAAAAAAACUCAGUUUCAUAUUCCAUGAUCUGGCUGUCAGGCAACUAAUGAACACAGGCAACCAUGCAUCUCUGGCAGGAAACUUCCUAUUUCAGAUGCAGAAUACAUAUAAUCCUGGUUAUCAUGUCAGAGUUUCUCUUGAUAGUAGAGCCUUGGAACUUCCCAGCUGCUUCUCCUCCAGUACCUUCUGGAGUUAUAAGAUUUGCUGUAAAUAUAUGCUUCAUAAAUACUCUGUUUUUUAGAGAGAAGCUGCUCAUCCUGUACGGGAAAAAAAAAAAAAAAAAAAGAAACAACCCAUGCCUAGCUGUUAGUGGGAAAAAUGUUGACAGACUUAAGCAGGAAAAUGAAUUUCCAUGUUCUCUAUGAUUUAAUGUGAUUUUUAGAAAAUCCAUUAGCCCCCCCCAAAU